CGUUGAGGACAAUAUUGGUUAUUGACUUCGCCGAACUGAGCGACGGUCGCCGACGUUCAAGAUAGUCGAAAUUUAGGCCCGAAUAUAAAAACAAUCUCACCGUGUUGGCAAUGCACAGACUAAAACUACAAACGACCUCAAAGUGACUUUUUCGUGUUUAUUUGGGAGCCGCCUUUUAACGCACAGCUGAAACAUGGAACAUACUCGGAACAUACACUGAUGAUACACCACGAGAGUUCGCUACCUCAGUGGUCAACUCUGUAGGUAUGCACUUUCAAGUGUUCAAACUCCACAGCUGAACAGACAACAGUGAGUGUCCAAAAUGAACUGACAAGUUACAGGGUACAGCUUAAAAAUUUCCCUGUUACAAAUUUCUUGUCAGUCCAAUUUUGGGGGAUUAUUUUUUAAAAGUCUUCGAAAUGAAAAGAAAAACAUCUGGCGGUGACCCCAGCAAGUGUAAGGCCUAGGUAGGCCACCUUGGGUAUGACCGCGAGGGUUGGGCGAGGCGCACGCGGUUGUCGCCGAACACGCCGCCCGUUUCGCCGGGCCCGGCCGCUCAAACGGUGAUUAGCGGCCCGGUGACACCUCCCGCAUCCCGCACCGCCCUCCGCGGGACCAAGCGUCGGCGGCGGCGUCAGCAGCGCCCGAAAGAGCAGGAGGCUGGCCGAGGAACAAGGAAGCAGGGGGGGAUGGGCAUGGCGGCGGGGUGACCGCGGCGGCGAUCGAGCCUCGCGCGGACGCGGCCAGGCCGGCACACUACUGGACGCCGUCGGGCUCUCCACUCGGACGGCGAUGACGGCCGGCGUCGCGGUCGCGCAGGGUCUGACCGCCGCCGCCGCCGCCGCCGCCGGAGCUCGGGAGACGCGGCCCCGGCGCGAGGACCGGCGGGUGCGCAAGCACGGCCUGCACCGCCUGCAGGUGGAGCCGGCCGCGCUGCUGCAGCACCAGCACCUGCACCAGCACCGCCAGGACGCCGUCGGCCUGCAGGGCCGCGGUGGCCACCGCCGGCCGCGCCGGCCAACGCCAGCCCCAGUGUUUCAGACGCCGGCGGCGCGCGCGGACAGCCCCACCGGCACCACUUCCUACACGGUCAAGCGCUUCCUUGUCAUCAAGUACGAGGGCGACGACAACGGGCCUCUGCCGCCGUCGCCGCCCCCGCCCCUAGCCGCGUCCUCCGCCGCCAUGGAGCAGCAGCCGCCGCCGCCGCCGCCGCAGGGGGAGGCGCCCGUGCCGCCGCCGUCCUACGAGAAGGCGGCCGACAGGGUGGCCGACUACGUCGCCAACAACGGCGCGCCCGCGGCGGUGCCCGCGGCGGCGCACGGCAAGGACGCUCCGGGCAGGAAGAUGCCGCGCCGGGGCUCGGUGCACCCCGCCGCGCACGGCGACUCCGCCGCCUCCUUCCCGGAGGACGAGCACGGCGACAAGUGCUGCUUCACCAUCAUGUGCGGGUGAGGAGGACAAAAGUAAUGCGUCCAUGGCAAGUUCCAAGCGAGGGAUACCUCACCGAAAAACAUCAGAGUGCACGCUUAAAACAAUCAGACCAAAUCAAAGAAAAAGAAAAAUCAAUUUA